CUCCACACCAAAAUUUCGAACACCCUCUCCCAAACUGUAUCCUCCAUUCCCAAACUUUCUUUCUUCAAUUUCUCCCUCAUUACUCACCCAAAUCCAUCCAAACUACCACCAAAACACUCUCCUCACUCUCCUCUACAAUCCAAUACCCAAAAAUCCUCAUCUCUUCCCCUUUUUCCCAAAAAAUCGAAACCCUAUCCCAUCACCCAAAAACUUCGAAUUUCAAGUUCAAACAAGGGGUUUCAUGGCUCCAAAACGAGAUAGGACGGAAAGCUCAACUGCCAGGGGACCAAUUCAAGGCUAUGAGAAUGUUCGUUUCAGACCGGGGAAGCAUAGGGGGUAAUAUAUUUUAGUGGCUCAAGCUCCGGUGGCGGGGGCUAUGACGGCAGGAUGGGAGGUGAUACUAAUAUGGGAAAGGGAAGCGGUGACAGAGGCACCAGCGGAGGAUUUAUAGGUGGCUACUAUGGCGGCAAAGGCGAGCACUAGGGGCAGUGCCUUGGACUAGGAAAGGGGAGACUCCUCAUUGAAAGAGGAGCUGAAGGUGUGGACAGUUGUUUAUUCCAACUCAGCGCCACGAAGAUUAUAGACGGUUGCAUUGUUGGAGAGUAUAUUCUAACCCCAUUAUCUAUUUUGCUUAGUUGGGAAUGCAUUUUUAUCGAUUCAUAUUACCUCCCAUUAGAGAUGCUCUUAAUAUUGAGCUUUUACUCCCACAUACGUUUAGCAACUUAAAGGCUCCAUUAUAAAAAAAUUCAUGUUCAAAUAAAUUAUUUGGCUUCCAUCAAGUAUAUGAUAUAUAACUCCUGAUAGCCACGGCUGACUCACCUCCCACAAACUAGUAUAAUGGUUAGGAUUAAAUAUUACGUAGUAUAUUUAAUAACAUUAACUCAAGUACAGCACUAUUAUAUUGUGAGUUGUAACGUUCAAAUAAAAUUUAUUUUUAGUAUAGAUAAUAUGAAGAGAUAAAGGUAUACGGAGUAAUGUAUAUAAGAUGUAUAAAUACUUAUUAUCAAACUAGUAUCCCGACGCGCUAUGCGCGGAGGAAAAUGCCCAAUGCUAUUUCGGUAGGAUUAACUGAAUGAAGUAUUACGGGUUAAUGUAAUUAAUCUGUUUGAACCUACUAAAAAAAUUACAUGCAAUUUCAAGCCUUAAAAUGGAUAAACGCAGGGGUCUAUAUAAUACGGAGUAUUUUAUACAUCACAUUCCUGAUGUUUGGGGUGCUGCAACAAUGCUAAAAUUGGUUUCACGUUUAUAGUGAGAAAGUUUAAAAAAAAUCUUAUAGGAAGAACAUAAAUAGCA